GACAGAUACGGGAGAGCAGUGGCCGCUAGUAGGACCGUUUUAUCCCCAAUGAUUUAAUCAUAUGAGAGGGUAAAGAAGCGUUUUUAUCACCAUGAAUUUGGAUUUUCUGAGGAGGUAGCUGAUAUCGAGGCUCCUUGCAGGCUGCUGACAGGGAGAAAUGCAGAGACGAGGUUAGACCUUGAAGAUCAACAUGUGCUUUGCACUGCUCACUAACAAAAAGAAGCUCUUGUAGCUGGAGGAAGAUUGCCUGCCCUAACUUUUCCCCCUCCGCCUCUACUUAUUCCUGGGGCCAAUGACUGGACCCAACUCCCCAAGCCGGACUGGCACCUCUACAGCCAAGCUGAGCAGGCAUGGCCGGUCCAAGAGCACCAGCUCGCACUGUCUCCUCCGCUGCAGCACCCAGGAGUCCUCCUCUUUGUCUCCCCCAAAGAACAGUUCGAGAUCCCCCGAGGAGGAAGAGGAGAAGGAUGGAGGGGUUCUUUUCUACGUUAAUCGAUCUGGUUUUCCUAUCGAGAGUGUCACCUGGGAGAGGAUGUGGUCCCAUGUGGCAGCCGUGCACCCUGACGGACAGGAGAUGGUGGACAGGAUACGAAAUGCUGCAUACCUUCCCAAGCAUCCAAUUCCCUCAAUUCCAACUUUCAAGCCGUCCAUGUCCGUCCCAGACUGGCUGUUGGCCGUCCAGAACUUCAUGAAGGCUCUGCAAUAUAACCACACAGGAACUCAGUUCUUUGAAAUCAAGAAGAGCCGUCCACUGUGUGGAUUAAUGGAAACAGCAAGAGAGAUGAUCAGGGAGUCUUUACCAAUCAAAUGCCUCGAGGCCGUCAUCUUGGGAAUCUACCUGACCAAUGGGCUGACGUCUCUCGAGCGUUUCCCCAUCAGCUUUAAGACCCAGUUUUCGGGUCACUGCUUUCACCAUGUUGUGCUGGGCGUCUAUUGCAAUGGCCGGUAUGGGUCGCUAGGUAUGAGCCGCCGCCAGGACCUGAUGGACAAACCACUCACCCAUCGGACUCUCGGAGAACUGGUGGCUGAAUUUGAAAACUCCUACAAGAGAUACCAGCACACACUAAAGAAGGUGAAGAUUGGUUUGUACGUGCCUCACGACCCACAUGUCUUCCAGCCAAUUGAAUGGAAGCAUUUGGUGCUGAACCUGGCCUGUUUGGGAGCUCAGGAGAUGAAAAAAGAGCUAGAGAAACAUGGGCGGGACAUGAGGAUGAAGAUCCUAAAAUCAUCCAGUGCCCAGUCACCGAUCAAAGAGCGAAGCCGAGGGAAGUCCUUAUCGCCACGGCGUCGACAGAGCAGCCCCCAGCGACGCUUCACGCACCACAGAGACAAAUCGCUGGCCUCAGUGGAGAGGAAACCUCCAGAACUCAGCAUGCUCAAUGACGGCUACCAGAUCCGCAUCUGAUCCUCCUUCACCUAUGAGACUCCCUCAGCUUCUCCAUAUCCGUCCAGGCUCCUCAGCCACCCUGAUCCAAGAGUCUCUACCCAACCCAGCAAGAGAGUCGCCAAAACCCGAGCCACAUUUUUUACACAGACGAGGUGGAUGGUGUUAUUUAAAACAAGAGAAUGGCUUAAAUGGUUGGCCUGGUCCUGAUAUUUCAUACAGUGUUUACUCAUUUCUGUAGCAAUAAAUCCCUUAAGAUAGUCUCAUCAUCAUCAUUCACAGGCCAAGAGGAUUCUCAUUCUGUUGGUAUUUUAAACCAGUAUUCUUUUUUUGGUUGAAAUAGUCACCCUCUCUUAGAGACAAGCACUCGAGCAAAAUCAGCUCAAAUUUAUUGUUAAGUUAUCAUAUGUAUUCACCAGGAGGUGGAAUGGGAAGUUGUCAAUAUAAAUAACUGAAAGUAUUCGUCACUGGUUAAAAUGACAUCGUCGUGCUGGAACAAAGAGAUGUUCGGGUGUCGUUGCAUCAAACACAACGGGUGAAAUAUUCAUUUGUGGGUUGUUUUGGUGUCUCAGCAGUUCUCAGAACACCAGGGGAAUUAUGUUUUAUCACAGGUGGAAGUAAUGAUGACUUUUUUGUUUGUUUGUUUGUUUGUUUGUUUGUUUGUUUGUUUGUUUGUUUGUUUGUUUGUUUGUUUGUUUGUUUGGGCAAAGCCAACCUGAAGACGACUGAAAUUACCACCUGUGUAACUGAGCUCAAGAGAUUAAAGCUUCAUUUUUAAAAUUUUUUUAAGAAGGACAAAACAAAUCUGAAGGGAAGCUCUGGUCUGCCACUCGACUUUUAUAUUGUGGUUCGCUGUAAAUGAUCCAAGUCAUAACUUACUCCUCAACCAGCAGCAGUUUUAGGAAGAUGAUUAAGUAAACUCCUGUGUGCCAGCCGUAUUGAUUACAGUGGAAGUGCGAUAAAGUAUGCGGGGAAAUCAAAGAUGCAGAAUCAAUAGAGAGGAUAAAAGAAGAAGAGGAUGAGGUGAAGCAGUGUGAGAAACGAGGGAGUGAUUCAGAGAGACGAUUCGCUGCAGAAGACGGAGUGAUCAUUAGAGCACUGCGGCAAUGUUCAUGUCUCAUCUGCUCCUCUUCCUCGGGCGUCUGUUGAAACGUAAUUGCAUGCAUAACCAUAACUCUGUUCCUGAACAUCACAAAAGCAAAACUUCAUGGAAGAAGAUCGAAAGACUCCAGGAACAGGCUAGACUCGGUUAAUAGUCACUUUUUUUUUUAAUAUGAAGACAGAAGGGCAAAUUUUCUAUCAAGAUAAAUCGGCAGACUUGGCAUUUCCGUCCACAUCUAUAUUUAUUAGAGAGACUCAUUUUCCAUCAUUCACUUUGCAGCAAAGAAAAGCUCUGUUGUUGGAUGGAAAUCAGACAAAUUUAAAAAAAUAAAUAAAUAAAACAGUUGUAGGUUUAAUUGCUCACACAGCUCAUGUCUGAGACAUAAGGGCGGGGGGGAGAGCAAAUACAGCAAAAGCUGGCCAGAAUCUUGGGAAACAUUGAUCAUAAUCUUUGGUUUGUAGUGUGGGGGAGAAAAUCAAUAUGUAAAUUUUGUUUUUCUCAUCCUUUCAUUUACCAGUGGCCGACUGGAUUUCCUGUUUCCUGGUAAAAUGGGAAAAAUAUACACUGAAAAAAGCAGAGCUCAAAUGAAAAUGGUAAGCUUGACAUACAAACAAGAACCUGCAAGCCAAACGUUAAAUACACGGUGCUCUGUUCUCACACAAUACACCAAAAGGAAGAAAACUCUUGAUCCAAAAGUCAGGAAUGAUUAUUAUUAUUAUAAUGAUUAUUUCCAAAUCUGGCUUGGAGAAAACCUGUAGAGUUCAGCUGUGGCCACUCUGCGUGUUCACACAGUAAACCAACAUAGCGCUGGCCAGCUGACUGCUGUUCCACCAACAGCUGGAACAUAAAAUGAUUCAGCUGGUCCAAGAUCAGCUGCAGCCAGUUUCUCUACUAAGGCAAACGAGGAGCGAGGUCAGAUGUUGCUGACUGAAUGAAUCUCAGCAACAAAAGCCUCUUUCAAGACGGCCAGAAAGGAUGUAACAGUCUGUGCAAGCUGUCGGCAGAUAUCAGAGACGGGGCCAGAGAGCCCUUCAAGGUGUUUUGGUACAAAAUGAGAAAAAUAGUUCUGAAAUCUCCAGGUUUUAAUCUAAAUUAGAUUGGCUUUUUUUUCUUAAUAGCAUGAAAAAAAAAUUUUUUACAGCCUAUGUAAAGCUGUUUUAAAAAAUUAUCAGAUAUUACCUAAAGGGGGAUAUUCGAUGUUCUUUAGCUUCCCACUUGUGUGCUGUCCAGUGUGCCACACACUCUAACCAAAUCAUUUAUUUGUGAGAACUGUGCAACGUCUGCAAAAUGAGUGCAAAUCUUUUUGUGUUUUUUUUUUCUAAGCACAGGAGACAAUAAGGGCAAAACACGCAAGUUCUCAGAGCAGCUCGAAGAAGUUUGUUUUUGCCCCCUGAAGCCAAGUGACCUAUAAGAGUCCAUUCAGUACUGUAUGCAGUUUCACGCUCGUACACUUGAUCUAUUGUAAAGGUGGUCCAAAAAUUCCAGUCAAGCUUAAAUCCGAUGGUUUUUUUGGAUUCUCCUGUUGAGGCCUUCAGUGAAUAGCUAAGCUAAGCUCAAAAGCUUGAAAUUAAUGAAGCUUGAAAUCACACAUUACAUGCAUUCAGCAUUUAUCCAUCUGAAUACAAAUGCUUGAAAUGAUGGCUGAAUAUCUCAUAUCUGCAUAUCCAGAUUUUCUUUCAAACUGUACGCAAACAUUUAAUCAAAGCAGAUUUUAAGCAUACACGCCUUUAUGUGAUCUGUGAUCUACAUCUGUGUUUAUCAAUGUCUGUUACAUCUGCAGAAUGUAUCGCAUGGUUUUAAGUCUUUUGGGUGACAACUGCAGAAGUCAGUUUUAAUUCAAAACAAGAUAUUUCUAAGUACAUCCACAGUCCUCCAUCACUGCCCACAGACCAGCUCUAUCCACACAGUUAUUCAUUCAGACAAAUUUACAUGAAUUUGGUGGCUUAGGAUAAAUAUUCAGAAUUGUAUGGUGGAAUAAUUUGAUUAUUCAGCAUUUGACUUCUAUAGUUUUCACCUGAACCUUUAACUCAGAUUGGUGUUUCCCAAAACACCCAAAGUUUAAAGCUCAUCUUUGUUCACUUACACCAGGGCGCUGAGUAAAGAUCCCUGUGGAACGCUGUUUUUAACCUUGUGCUUCGGUUUUAAAAAAGGAAAGUUAGACAUUGUUAAAGAGGCGAGAAGUGGUUCCUGUUUUGUUUGACAGUUAGUGGCAGUAGGUUGCUGAUGAAGUUAACAUAAUUAAGUAAAGUCCAGGCUCUGGGCUUGCAAACACAGAUGCUUUAGAUUCUAAAAAUCAUAUCUAAAGUCCAAAAUUGAAACCCAUACCUGAUUUUUUGGGGGGGCUAAUCUCCUUAUUUCAGUGUCGUCUACUUUGUAGAUUGCUCCCUGACAGUCUGACCACUCGCAUGCGUUCAUCAGAGUUGGUUUUGGGGAAAAGGAAAAGUCAGAGGGGGCUAAAUCUGCUUUUUCAGCGCACUGUGUCCAUCCACAUAGUGCCACACCCGAAAACUCAUUAAAGCUGAUUUGGUAGAGAGAAUUUACAGUGCAAUAGGUCACACCAGCUGCCCUGGAAGAGGUUCAGAUGGGAAGAAGGAGAUGACCCAACAUGGAAGAUUGUCCAGACUUAGAUCAUGCAAUGUUUUACUACUAUUAGCAGAGUUGUAGAUCUUGAUAUGCAUAUGAAGGAAUCAAACACAUUUGUUGUCCCUUAAGGAAAGACUGUGGUGAGGAACCCUUAAUUUGGCAUUAUUCACUGGGUGCCUUUAACAGUGUGUGAACCUGGUCCUAGUUGAACUGUGUGUCUAACAGAGCAAAGGUGAUCUUUAAUGGCUGGAACGUUUUGGGAAAACUUUAUUUUUUCUUUGGUUAUUCAGAAGGAUUUCGGAAAUCUAUGUGUAAAUGUGAUCAUUUGAUUGUUUUAUCGAUUUUCUUUGAAUGUUUCACUACACCCUCUUAAUCACAGAACGUGUGUCUUUUGUUGCCAGUUGCCACUGCGAACAUUUUAUCCUAGCUUUUUGCUUCAACAGUGAGCUAUGCACGCACUGUGUUAACCGAAACAUGAAUCCUUGUCUUCCAAAGUUGAAAUGCUGGAGGGGGAAAGUGUUUGUUGCUCAAUUUACACAAGACAAGUCGUGUUUUCAACCAUCCACACAGAAAAAAAUCUUUCAGAGUGAUUCUACUUAGCUUUUUUCUUCUGUAUAUCCAACCUGAUUCAAGGUGCUGUGAGCAAAGCAGAAUAUUUUUUAGAUAUUCCUGAUGUUUGGACCAGCACAGCACAGAGACUGUUACAUGUGAAACUCUGGAACAAACUAACCAGCCGAGCGCGUUCAUAUUUGUGCUGAUGGUUGCGUGUUGAUACUUUCUAAAGGCUUGAUGUUUGUUAGCAUAUAGAAGAAGCACAAAGUUAUUCUGCUUUUUGAGUCUGUUUCACUGCAAUGAAAUGAUGCAUUUUCUUACUGAAGAAGCAACAUAUCUCAGAAGAUUUUUAGGAAUGACAGACGCUGAUGCCGUUGUAUUUUUGGAACUACAAACUGAUGAUCAACAAGUUUCGAAGGGCCUAACUUCAGACUUCUCUCGAUGACUAUGAUGACUUUGUCUUUGUUCAAAGAGAAAGAUCAAAACGUUACCCAAAGACAGUGAUAAACAACCAGACUGCUGAGCAGGGACACACAAACUGCAUCAUGUUACCUUUCACUGAGGUCACAAAUGGCAGCAAAGCAACCUGAAACAGUUAAACUCCAUGUAGCAACUUAGAUUUGUUUCUGUGUCCGUUUGCAACUUCUGUGCUUGACAAUUUAUCUGACUGAAUCAGUUUUAUUUGGAGUUUAAUAAUUGAUUGUAAUCUAUCAUUUUGAAUGACAAGUGUUUCUUUAAAAACAAAAAAACAGCCUGUACUUGUAGCAGGUGCUGUUUUUGAAGGCCUUUGAGUUGUUUUCAAGUGCUCAUACCAUGUUUCUCCACUCCGACGCUAACUGUUCUGGUCUUGUUCCCAAACCUCUUCCGUCAUGCUUGACUUCAGAAGAUUGGAAAAAAAAAAAAAAAAAGUUGGUUUAAUUUCUGUCAAAUAUUCAGCCAAUGACCUAAUUCGUGCAUGCUUAAAGACUGGUUGGUAACCCUCUGGCAACUUCCUGUCGCUAGGGAAAAAUGCGCCUUGUGGUUGCUGGUGGUUGCCAGGUGAAAUUGGUCACAAAGUUACUUUGGUUGCUAGCAGAUUCCCACGGUUGCCCAUAGUUUGCAUUGAGGACACAAACUUGCAAUUACUCACCAAGCAAUAGUGGACCUAAUUAAUGACGAGGAGGUUUUCAGCACACCACCAUCUACCUCUUUGCAAUCAGUAUCACCUAAGAACUGCAAACUGGUCAAGGGGUAUGCUUUUUUCCAACAAAGAAGCAGUUGCUGAGGGCCACUGACCGGUCUCUAGGCCUGUGUGAUGGGGCGGCUAACAGUAUUAAACUGUUCAGUAAAACUACUACUUUUUUCCCCCUGCAGCAGCUUUACACAGAUCCACCAGUCCCUCUGAGAGGCACUGCUGUACUGUAAAAUGUACUAUAUCUUGUUCUUAAGUUCAGCUUUUCAUAAAUCAGCUUUACAUUAAAAGUACUAUCACAUUACAAAAAAACAAAUCCUCCUGUGCAGUAUGUUGCAGCCACAUUAUUGCAACAGAUGUCACAGCCAUCAUAGCCGUCUUGAUGGCCUAGAACAAGGACGCCGAUCACAGACGUACCCUGCUGUUGCAUCCAAUAAUUUAAAAAAAAUGGAAAUCUGUUUGUGCCACAGCUGCUGACAUACUUAAACACAUAUAAAUACAAACAGUCUGGUGGACUGACGCGUAUCCACGCCAAGCUUCCAGUGCCUCAGCCGUGUCAGAUAGAAAUGUUUUUACUUUAAUUACAACCUUGUAUCUCUGCUUUGUGUUCGGAGGAGUUGCCCUCGUGUGUUCCACGAAUAACGUGUCAUUCACGCUGACCACAAGUUUUCCUUUUGUGUUUGGCUCACUGGUUUUAUUCAGAUGUUCUGUGAAAAUAAGAAAGCAAAAAAAGAUGUUUUGUUUCCUGUUUUCUUGCCCGAUUUUCUUUUUUUUUUGUUGUUGUUGUUGUUGUUGUUUUUUUUUGGUUUUUUUGUGAGCCUGUAAAGCGGACACGUUUACUUCCUGCUGCAAAGAACAAAGGGACAGGCAGCCUAGUUUGUGGCCCAUGAAAAGCAAAAAUAAGUGUGUGUCUGUGUGUGAAAUGAACCUCCAGCUGCAUAUUUAUCCAGUACUGAAUUUGAUUUAACAGCUCAGUGGACUGACUGGAGCCAAUGGAUCGGAUUGAUGAACACUGAGUUUGAGGAAAGUGCUCUAAAGAACACACACACCCUUCAUCCAGAUUUCCUGUGUGAAAACACAGUGUGAGGGUUUUUUUUGUUUGUUUGUUUUAUGGCAAUCAAUAGUGGGAGAAACUGAGCCCAGUGAUCAUUAUUAUUGUAAAUCUCCUACUGUUACAGUGUCAUUGGUCUUGAUAGCAGCUGUUUUUAUCAACAACUGUAGCAGCAUGUGUUCUUUUAAUAAAUAUUCUAUG